AUGUCCCCAUCAAUCUACGACUGCCAAUCAGCAGUUUUGAUGACAGUUGACUUGGAUACUAAUCCCAGCUCGGCUCUCAGUGUCGGCGAUGUCAUCAAGUGGCACGCUCUAAGAUUGAUUUUCGUCCACAAAAUGGGUAGUCAAGCCACCCACGCCAUUUGCCGUCGGGAUCGUCGGAUGGGAAACGCCACCCAUUUGAUAUCGAAGCCUUCGUGA